AUGCCACCCAAAAGCGAGGCAGGCGUGCAACAGCACGGCGAGAAUCAUGAAAUUCCCACCCAUUUGGUGGUACACAAGACUGGAGCGUGGCUGCCAGCAGAUCACCGCACGCACAAAGCAUGGCUCGGCCACCAGAUCGAUGAAGCUCACAAGAAGCAAAAACCACUUCGGCCGGUCUUACAAGAGUUCAAAGAGUUCGUCGAGAAUGACACCCGCCUGUGGAUGUUGUUCAGCGCCAUGUUCGAAGAGGUGCCAUACAAGCAUGUCUACAAGAAAGACCCUACUGGUCAUAGGCAGAUUCGCAACUUCGACCAGAUGCUUGUAGUCCUCAACCACGUCUUCGGCUCAGCACCUGUCUGGACCGAUGCCGCGCAACAAGUUGGCAUGGUCGGCGUUCCCAUGUGCGCCAUCCUCGACUACCCGAUGUCAACACCCUCAGGCCACGCCGCUUUCCUCGACCCUGGCGUCAACAAGAUGCUCAAGAAAGUCCUGAACGAGUGGGGCAAGUUCUUGCUCGAGCCUGACUCUGCUAAAGUCCUUCACACGAAUCGCACCGGCUGGCUUGGUGAACACGGACAGAACGAUAUGAUGGCAGUCGCCAACGCCCCACUCAAGACGAACCACAAAUUCGACGACUUCUUCGAGUGCGACACGUCUAAGCCGCAUUACGGGUACACAUCAUGGGACAAUUUCUUCACCCGCAAGUUCAAGGAGGAAGUCCGCCCGAUCGCGAGCCCCGACGACGACAACGUGAUCACCAACUGCUGCGAAAGCCGCACUUUCGCCGUGAGACCGAACACAAAACUGCGCGAUCGUUUCUACAUCAAAGGCCAGCCAUACUCUAUUCAGGACAUGCUCGCACAGGAUUCGCUAGCGAAGCAAUUUGCCGAUGGCACAGUCUAUCAAGCCUUCCUCUCUGCGCUGUCAUACCACCGCUGGCACGCACCCGUCAGCGGCACAAUCAAGAAAGCCUACGUCGUUGACGGAACGUACUUCUCCGAGCCACUCUUUGAAGGGCUUGGCGAUCCGAACACCAAGGAGAUCGAUACUCACGGCAUCUCUUCCGGCCAAGGCUACCUGUCGCACCUUGCGACCAGAGCUAUCAUCUUCAUCGAGGCAGACAACCCGAAGAUCGGGCUGAUGGCGUUCAUCGGCAUUGGCAUGGACGAGGUCUCAACCUGCGAGAUCACGGUCAAGGAAGGUCAGCACGUCAAGAAGGGGGAGCAGACGGGUAUGUUCCACUUCGGUGGCUCGACCCAUUGUUUGAUCUUCAGGCCGGAGUGCAAGGUCAGUGGGUUCCCGCAGCCGGGACAGGAUCACAACGUUCCGGUGAGGAGCAAGCUGGCUGUCGUUGCAUAG